AUGGCGGGGGGACGGACGGGGGUGGGCGCGGUGCUGGGCGCGGCGCUGCUGGCGAGGCUGGGCCUGGUGCUGUACGGCCUGCACCAGGAUGGGGCCAUGCGGGUACGUUACACCGACGUCGAUUACCGGGUCUUCACCGACGCGGCGCGGCUGGUGACCGAGGGGCAGUCCCCCUACGGACGAGCCACCUACCGCUACACCCCGCUCGUGGCCUGGCUCCUGACUCCCAACGUCUACCUCGCUGAGGUCUUCGGGAAACUGCUCUUCGUGGCGGGGGACUUGGCGGCUGCUGUCGUCGCCUACCAGACCUUGCGGCACCGUGGUGCCGCCGCUGGUCAGGCUUGCGGGUGCUGCGCCGCCGCCUGGCUCCUUAACCCUCUACCCAUGGCAGUCUCCAGCCGGGGCAAUGCAGAGGCUGUAGUCGCGCUGCUGGUGCUCGCCACCCUGUACUUUGUGGAGAGGGGGAACAUAGGGAAAGCCGCAGUCUGCUAUGGGCUGUCGGUGCACAUGAAAAUAUACCCAUUGACCUACGCGCUGCCCAUAGUUCUCCAUCUGCAGAGCAAACGCUGCAGCGGGCAAGGGGUAGUGGAUCUGGGGAGUGAUAAAAAAGCAAAAUUUACAUUCAUAGCAUAUCUCUGGCAGCUUUUUGUCAAGAUGCUGAGCCGCAAUGUGCUGCUUUUUGGAACAGUUGCUGGAUCUGUGCUGGCUGCCUUAACUGUUGCGUUUUAUAACCUCUAUGGCUGGGAGUUUUUGGAGCACGCCUACCUCUACCACCUGACCAGGAGGGAUAUCCGUCAUAACUUCUCUCCCUAUUUCUACAUGUUGUACCUAACUGCAGAGAGCAAAUGGAGUUUUGCUUUUGGGCUUGCAGCUUUCCUACCCCAGCUGCUUAUGCUCCUGGUUGUGUCCUUAGCAUUUUACAGAGAUCUUCCUUUCUGUUGUUUCCUACACACUGCUAUUUUUGUGAGUUUUAACAAAGUAUGCACAUCCCAGUACUUUGUCUGGUAUCUCUGCCUUUUGCCCCUCAUAAUACCUAGUGUUAAGAUGUCCUGGCAGCGUAGUACGCUGCUUGUCUUCCUGUGGUUUGUUGGGCAAGGCCUGUGGCUUGCAUCUGCCUACUUUCUGGAGUUCAAAGGAUAUAACACUUUUUUACUUAUAUGGUUAGCAGGCUUGCUUUUCCUUUUUAUUAAUAGUGUCAUAAUGGUUCAAAUUAUUUCACAUUAUCAAAAAGAAGCACGAAUUGCAAAAGAACUUAAACAACGGUAA